UGGUGCUAUUCACAAGAUUCACAACCUCUCCCGCGACCUUUGCGUCUGGUGUUUUCAAUAAAAAUUUUUUUCCCCGACAUAAUCUUGUGUGAUACAAUGAUCUAAAUAUGAGGUGUAUUUAGUGUUAUAAAAAUUUUCUUUGUGCAAUAUUUAAAAAUUCUUGGUUUUCCAUCUAUAUAGUGCAUAUAUAUAGUAUUUUAAGGUUAGAUUGAAGAUACAUAAAAAUGGAUGAAAACGCAAGCGCCUCGAAUACGGGUGAAUUAAAGGAAACAUCAAAAAUGUCACAGUGCUAUGAGAAUUAUGUGCUCGUCGAUGUUGGUGCAAAUUUGACCAAUAAAAAAUAUAUUCGCGAUUUGGACAGUGUUGUCCAAAGGGCAAAGGACGCGGGAGUUCAAAAAAUAAUGGUCACCGGUGCUGGUAUUCGUUCAAGUAAGGAGGCACUUCGUUUGACGAGAAUUUAUCCAGGUACAUUGUACUCGACAGCCGGUGUUCAUCCACACGAUGCAAAAUCAUGGGAGGAUCCCGAUACACUCGAGGAAUUGGAGGCAAUUGCCGCUAAUCCCGAGUGUGUCGCAAUUGGUGAAUGUGGCUUGGAUUAUAAUCGCGAUUUUUCCGAACCCGAGGCACAACGUUCCGUUUUUCACAAACAGGUGGAGCUGGCGUGCCGUUUAAAUAAACCGUUAAUAAUUCAUGAGCGUGGCGCACAAACGGACGUGAUUGAGGUAUUAAAUCAAUAUAAAGAUCGAUUACCACCGAUUUUAGUGCAUUCAUUCAUUGGCACAGCUGAGGAGGCGCAAAUUUAUCUCGAUCAGGGUUAUUAUCUCGGCAUCACGGGCUAUUUAUGUAAAGAUAAAUCCGACAGUGGCGUACGACAAUUAUUAGAAGGCGGUCAAGCACCCCUCGAUAGACUUCUCGUUGAGACUGAUGCACCGUUCAUGUAUCCAAAUACAAGAGCAAGUAAAUUACCACCACACGUGAAGGAUGCACUCACCGAACGUUCAUUAACAUUUCUACAAAGAUAUUGUACAUUUCAACGAAAUGAGCCAUGCGCAUUGCCAGCCGUGGUCGAAAUGGUUGCCGCAUUCAUGCGAAUAACACCCGAAGAGGUCGCAUUGGCCACCGCCUUCAAUGCCUUAAAACUCUUCGGUUUAGAUCAAUGAUAAAUGUUUUCUUUCGCAAAAAAAAAAAUGGUGCUUCUUUUAUAUAUAUCAAUUUGCAAAUAUAAUUUUUUUUUAGGAACAAAUUGUAAAUUCAUCCGGAAUGAAUUUUUGCAGCUAAGAUUUGCUUUAUGCUAAUAAGACUAUAUGUUCCAUGUUAAGGAGAAGGGGGGGGGCGUUUAGUUACUAGAGAAAAAAAUUAUUAAACUGCGAAAUUCUCCUCCUCCGUAAGAAAUUGAUAUUCAAAAUAUAAUUUAAAAAUGAAUAUAAGUAGAGAAAGUGCGUUACCAUAGGAAUUGUUGACAGCAGUUGCUAUGGUAAUUGUAACUAUAAAAAAACGUUUCUAGGUUAGGCGUAAUUGUGGAACAAUCAUAUUUU